UUGCUGCAGAAGGACAAGUCCCUUCGUCUGGGCUGUGACGAUCGAGGAGCAGCUGGUGUGAAGGCACAUCCGUGGUUCCACGGAAUGAACUGGAAGCGCCUUGAAGCUGGCCUCACUGAUCCUCCCUUCACUCCUGACCCACAUUCUGUGUAUGCCAAGGACGUCCUUGAUAUUGAACAAUUCUCAACUGUAAAAGGUGUCAAAAUUGAGGCAGAAGACAUUAGUUUUUAUAAGAAAUUCUGCUCUGGCGCCGUGUCUAUACCCUGGCAACAAGAGGUUAGUAUUAUCGAGUUUCAUUGUUUUCAAUUUACUGUCGGUACAGCAAGUGAAUUACGACCUGAUCUUUAA